CGCCCGCGCCGCCCCCCGCCGGGCGCUUCGCCAGAGCCAUCGAGAGCAGCCGCGACCUGCUGCACAGGAUCAAGGAUGAGGUGGGCGCACCCGGCAUAGUGGUUGGAGUUUCUGUAGAUGGAAGAGAAGUCUGGUCAGAAGGCCUAGGUUAUGCAGAUAUUGAGAACCGUGUACCAUGUAAGCCAGAGACCGUCAUGAGAAUUGCCAGCAUCAGCAAGAGCCUCACCAUGGUUGCUCUUGCCAAAUUGUGGGAAGCAGGGAAACUGGAUCUUGAUGUUCCAGUGCAACACUAUGUUCCUGAAUUCCCAGAAAAAGAGUACGAGGGUGAAAAGGUCUCUGUUACAACGAGAUUGCUAAUUUCCCAUUUAAGUGGAAUUCGUCAUUAUGAAAAAGACAUGAAAAAGGUGAAAGAGGAGAAGGCUUACAAAGCCUUGAUUAUGAUGAGAGGGACACUGGCACCUGACCAAGAAAAAGAAUUCAAAGAAAAAGGAGGCAAAAGUAAUGAAAAGGAUGACUUUGUGAAAGCUAAGACAGAGCCAGACAAUGAAGCCAAAUGCCGGAAUUCAAAACCGGGCAAGAAAAAAAAUGAUUUUGAACAAGGGGAAUUAUAUUUGAAAGAAAAGUUUGAAAAUUCGAUUGAAUCCUUAAGAUUAUUUAAAAAUGAUCCAUUGUUCUUUAAGCCUGGUAGUCAGUUUUUGUAUUCAACUUUUGGCUAUACCCUCCUGGCAGCCAUAGUAGAAAGAGCUUCAGGAUAUAAGUAUUUGGACUAUAUGCAGAAAAUAUUCCACGACUUGGACAUGCUGACAACUGUGCAGGAAGAAAACGAGCCUGUGAUUUACAACCGAGCAAGAUUUUAUGUUUACAAUAAAAAGAAACGCCUUGUCAACACGCCUUACGUGGAUAACUCCUAUAAAUGGGCUGGCGGUGGGUUUCUGUCCACCGUGGGUGACCUUCUGAAAUUUGGGAAUGCAAUGCUCUACAGUUACCAAGUCGGGCUGUUCAAGAACUCACAUGAAAAUCUUUUACCUGGAUAUCUCCAACCGGAAACGAUGGUGAUGAUGUGGACACCUGUCCCUAACACAGAGAUGUCUUGGGAUAAAGACGGUAAAUACGCAAUGGCAUGGGGCGUGGUAGAAAAGAAGCAGACACAUGGUUCUUGUAGGAAGCAGCGGCAUUACGCCUCCCAUACUGGAGGUGCAGUGGGUGCCAGUAGCGUCCUGCUGGUCCUUCCCGAAGAGCUGGACGCAGAGACCAUAAAUGACAAGGUUCCCCCGAGAGGAGUAAUUGUUUCCAUCAUCUGUAACAUGCAGUCUGUUGGCCUCAAUAGCACUGCUUUAAAGAUUGCCCUGGAAUUUGAUAAAGACAGAUCGAACUGAUACCGUAACAUUACAGGUGCAAGAUAAACAUUUUGAAGUAUUAAACUUCCAGAAUACAUGCGCUUGCCGGGGAUAUAGCUCAGCAGCACAAGCGCCUGCCUGGCAAGCGCAACGUCCUGAGUUCGAUUCUGGGUACCAAAAACAAAACAAAACAAAACAAAACAAAAUACAUGCGCUUUUUAAGAAUAAAUUUGUAACAGUAUAAUGAAUGCAGAAAAUUAUGUACCUCUAAUUGCUUAAUUUUGUAAUUGUCUUUUAUUGUAGAAUUAGUUCUUUAUACUCAGGGAAGUAGCUAUUGUUUCUAAUUUUUGAAAAAGUAUUAACUCUUGAAAUAAAAUAUUCUGAUAAAAACGUA